AAAAAUGCAUGAGGGGCUGUUUUAUCACAGCAUGCACCUAGAUCACGGCCUCACUCACACAUUUCCCCAUCUACAGGGUCAUGACAGGGACCAGUCCUCGUCCAUGGUUCCAAAAGGUUUGACAGGUUUACUGCUAUGUCCCAACAGGCCAAUCACAUGAAACCUCAUAUAGACCGAAGGCCACAGCCAGAUGGCUUCAAUGAAGGUCUGCCAUUUCACUCCAUGUAUCCUUUAUCUCUUUAAUACAUUACCUCAGGACUCAAAGAGUUAUCAUCUUUCACAGGUAAGUAAAGCCUCACUUUCACCCCUGUGUUUUAGCCAUGGUAUUUGCUGAGGUUUAGAUUUUCUCCUCAUUGUACCCUCAAAUGUUGAGGCUCUACAUGGCUGCGAUUGUGUCAUGAAAUCACCUCAAAAACUCUCUUCUGUAUUUUAUCCAACCCCCAAAAUCUCAGGUUGUCCCGUCAUCGUAAGCCCUUGUGUUUAUUAGAUAUCUUUCAAAGACCUUGCACAAGAUUCAAGGAUUCCUGAUCAAGCCCCAAAGUAAAUAAUUAGUUGACAAAGCAAAGGGGGGUAGAACAGAAUCCUGCUGACUGACACAGAGGACUGCCAUAAAAGAUCUGCAUAAAUCCCCUGAUACUCAUACUGAACCUGUAGGAUUGAUCAGAAAUCCUGUUUUUUCAUAAUGCGCCAGCAUUUCAAGAAGAUUUUAAUGAGGGCAUUUUGAUGACCUCUUAAAUUACUCUCCAUUGGUGAUGCUACAAGGAAGUUAUCUUGUUGAAAACUGUUUGUUACUGAAUACCAGAACAUGUCACUGCACACCCUCCACAUUUCUACACCGAUAAAUAUUACUCCUGUAUAAACUGCAUUUUAUACCCCGACUCCAUUAUUGCACAUGUAUGUACAAUAAAGAAAAAUACAGGCUCACUGAAAUUGUAAGCCCCACCUCAUUCUGCCAGGUUGAGUCAUAUAAAGUAACGUUAAAAAAUUAACAAUGAGUGUCAAAACAGAAAAGACAGGUCUAAUAAUAAUUCUGUUUUUAAUUUCACUGCAUGUGAUGCUUGUGAGAAUCAGAGGACUUGCUUUCUGGGACGUCAGCUACUAUAUGGCCUUAAGCAGGAACUUCAGACAGAAGAAACAAGAGUAGCGCAAGGAGUUUGCCGGUAAAUGUUUUUAUUUCAAAAAUUUUACAUUGAAAAAAAAUAGAUCCAUUUUAUCAAUGAACUUAUUUUAUUCUGCCGAUAGUGUGUUUGUGUUUAUGUGUGUGUGUGUAUAUAUAUAUAUACUGUAUAUAUAUAUAAUAUAUAUAUAUAUACAUACUGUAUAUAUAUAUAUAUAUAUAUAUAUACAUAUAUACUGUAUAUAUAUAUAUAUACUGUAUAUACAGUAUAUAUAUAUAUAUAUAAACACACACACACCUUCUCAUUCAAUGUCUUUUUAAAAAAAAAUUAUAUGACUAUUUACAUUGUAGAUUAUCACUGAAGGCAUCGAAACUAUGAAUGAACACUUGUAGAAUUUUGUACUUAUAAAAAAGUGUGAAAUAUUUUGUUAUGUUACAUUUUGUUAUGUUACAGCCUUAUUCCAAAAUGGAUCAAAUUCCCCUUUUCCCUCAAAAAUUCUACACAAAAUGCCCCAUAAUGACAUAACGAAAAACUUUUUUUAGAACAUUUUGCAAAUUUAUUAAAAAUAAGAACACUCAAAUGUUGCAUAUACAUAAGUAUUCACACCCUUUACUCAGUACUUGGUUGAAGCACCUUUGGCAGCGAUUACAGCCUCCAGUCUUCUUGUGUAUGAUGCAACAAGCUUGGCACACCUGGAUUUGGGGAGUUUUUCCCCAUUCUUCCUUGGACAUCCUCUCAAGCUCAGUGAGGUUGGAUGGGCAGCAUCGGUGCACAGCUACUUUCAGGUCUUUCCAAAGAUGUUCAAUCAGGUUCAAGUCUGGGCUCUGGCUGGGCCACUCAAGGACAUUCAGACACUAGUCCUGAAGCCACUCCUUUGUCUUCUUGGCUGUGUGCUUAGGGUCAUUGUCAUGCUGGAAGAUGAAGCGUCGUCCCAGUAGAAGGUCUCAAGUGCUCUGGAGCAGGUUUUCAUCUAGGAUUUCGAUGUACUUAGCUGCAUUCAUUUUUCCCUUGAUCCUGACAAGUCUCCCAGUUCCUGCUGCUGAAAAACAUCCCCACAGCAUGAUGCUGCCACCACCAUGCUUCACUGUAGGGAUGGUAUUGGCGAGGUGGUGAGCGGUGCCUGGUUUCCUCCAGACAUGACGCUUGGCAUUCAGGCCAAAGAGUUCGUUCUUCAUUUCAUCAGACCAGAGAAUUUCUCCUGGUCUGUGAGUCCUUCAGGUGCCUUCUAGCAAAGUCCAAGCGGGCGGUCAUGUGCUUUUUACUGAGGAGUGGCUUCUGUCUGGCCACUCUAUCAUAAAUGCCUGACUGGUGGAGUGCUGCAGAGAUGGUGGUCCUUCUUUAGGGUUCUCCCAUCUCCUAAGAAGAACGCUGUCAGAGUGACCAUCGGGUUCUUGGUCACCUCCCUGACCAAGGCCCUUCUCCCCCCGCUUGCUCAUUUUGGCUGGGCGGCCAGCUCUAGGAAGAGUCCUGGUGGUUCCAAACGUCUUCCAUUUCUUAAUGAUGGAAAUCACUGUGCUUUUUGGGAUCUUCAAUGCAGCAGAUAUUUUUCUGUAACUUUCCUCUGAUCUGUGCGCCGAUACAACCCUGUUUCGGAGGUCUACAGACAAUUCUUUCAAUUUCAUGGCUUGGUUUGUGCUCUGACGUGCUCAGUCAGCUGUGGGAUCGUAUAUAGACAGGUGUGGCUUUCCAAAUCAUGUCCAAUCAGCUGAAUUUGCCACAGGUGGACUGCAAUCAAGUUGGAGGAACAUUUCAAGGCUGAUCAGUGGAAACAGGAUGCACCUGAGCUCAAUUUUGAGUUUUAUAGCAAAGGGUGUGAAUACUUAUGUAUACGCAACAUUUGAGUGUCCUAUUUUUAAUGAAUUUGCAAAAUGUUCUGAAAAGGUUUUGGCUUUGUCAUUAUGGGGUAUUUUGUGUAGAAUUUUUGAGGGAAAAAAUGACUUUGAUCCAUUUUGGAAUAAGGCUGUAACAUAACAAAAUGUGGAAAAAGUGAAGUGGUAUGAAUACUUUACGGAUGCACACACACACACUCUCUCUCUCUCUCUCUAUCAAAUAGAUAGACAGAUGGACAGACAGACAGAUAGACAGAUAUGGUCAUUUGCUUUGCUCUUUUCAAUGAAGACCUCCUAAAAAACCAUUGAGUAACAAUGGCCUUAGUAUGCCCUGAAUAGUAAUGAAUCAUGAUUUUUCUCAGUGUAUCAGCCCCCUCCCACACAGCCAUCAUGUACUAUUCAUUGAGAAACUCUUGUAUUCCCCUGCGCUCUCUCACACCACUGGGACUGUCUAAGUUCGCUGUCCGUGGUGCUGAAAGUCGCAUAUAACUGUCCAUGGUGCUGAAACACCCAUCCCAAUAACAGGCACACAGAUUUUGGCUCCUCUUUAGCCUGUUCUCCCUCCUUAGUCAGUGUGCAGGAACAUCUAAGUCACACGAGGAUAAGCUUGUAUGUUUAUCAUGUGACCAUGGAGUACCACUACACAUAUUAGGCUCCUUUGUGCAUUGAUACAGUAUGGUACAGUUUGACUUUGCCGGUCACUUGUAUUUACCAGGAGUCAUAAGAGUGUAGUUGUUAUUUUGUAGAGAGGUGCUAAGGCUGUGUGAGUGCAUCCUUUAUUUGUUCUGAGCUGCAAAAUGAUAAAAGGAAAAAGCUUCCCUUUUUAAUUCGUCUGACCAAUCCUGACUUUUUAUUCUUCUUCUUUGAGUUUAUCUUUAAAAGUAGACUAAGUUUAUGUGAAAAGGAGAUAGACAGUCAUCUCUGAUGGUUGCCGUUUUUACCGCAGAUCUUCAUGCUGGAUUAGGGUUUGAGACUUAACUUUCACGAACAUUUUUAAACUACACCAAAGGUCGAAGUCAACUCCUGCCGAACACUGCAAAACGGCGUUUUUGUCUUGAACGCAGCCCGCUUGUAGUAGCAUUACUUUACAGUUGCUUUCAUUUUUUUCAUCCUCUUCUUUCUCGUCUCGCGAUAGAGCGGCGGAGCGGUUUGACGGGCAGUCGAGGUUGCAGCAGGCAGAGGGAGACGGUGGAAGGUAAAGCAGGGAGGCAGCAUCAUGGCGGACAGAGACAGUGGCAGUGACCACGGAGGGCCCACCGCAGGCCCCGGCUCGCUGCCCCCGGGUGCGAUGGGUGCCAUGUCCCGGCUGCAGCACGACACCGAGGAGCUCGCCUCCAAGCGCGUCGACAUCCAGAACAAGCGCUUUUACCUUGAUGUAAAACAGAAUGUUAAAGGCCGCUUCCUAAAGAUAGCCGAGGUCGGAGCUGGGGGAAACAAGAGCCGCCUCACUCUCUCCAUGUCGGUUGCCGUGGAGUUCCGCGAUUAUCUCGGGGACUUUAUCGAACAUUACGCCCAGCUGGGCCCAACUAACCCGGACAUGGUGCAGGAUGAGCCCCGGCGAGCGCUCAAGAGCGAAUUCCUAGUGCGGGAGAAUCGGAAAUAUUAUAUGGAUCUGAAAGAGAACCAGAGGGGGCGGUUCCUGAGGAUCCGACAGACCGUUAACCGGGGGCCCGGAUUGGGAAGCGCGCAAGGCCAGACUAUUGCUCUGCCAGCGCAGGGUCUCAUCGAGUUCCGCGACGCUUUGGCCAAACUCAUUGACGACUACGGCGUGGACGAGGAGCCGGCGGAGCUCCCGGAGGGCACCUCGCUCACGGUCGACAACAAGCGCUUCUUCUUUGACGUGGGCUCCAAUAAGUACGGGGUCUUCAUGCGGGUCAGCGAGGUGAAGCCCACGUACCGGAACUCCAUUACGGUUCCGUGCAAAGUAUGGUCCAAAUUCGGCAACACCUUCUGUAAAUACGCGGAGGAGAUGAGGAAGAUCCAGGAGAGGAGUAGAGAGAAACGGGCCUCCGAACUGCUAUCUGAGGGCCCACACGGUGGAGAUGAGGCCGACGAUGACUGACGCGGAUUUUAAAAGAGCAGAAAUGAAACAGCAAAGACAAAACUGAACUCUGAGUAAACGAGACUUUUAACUGUAAAAUAGAAAGAGAGAGAAUUUCCAAGGGAAUCACCCCACACACAACCUCCACAGACAUGGCAGCACCUCUGCUGUCUCCUCGCUCAUUUUACUGGAUGUCACCCCACUUACCACCCAUGAAACAGUAAGCCGCUGCUAUCAAGGAUUGAAUUGUAAGAUAUGAACUGUUUCCUACUUGAUUUAAAUGACAAUGAAAAGAGUGUUUAUAUCUCUAUCAAAUGACAGAUUUUGCACACAUCAAAGCUAUUUCAAAAAAAAAUGUUGAAAUGUUUUCAAACUGGUCAUAUGCUAAGUUUUAAUCAAACAUAAAAACAGAGGUCUAUUAUAUAAAUGACAGUCUUCAUGUAGAACGAACAUUUGACAUCAGCACAAAGAGAAUAUAUUGUAGACUUUAUGAAACCAAAACCUGAAACCAGAUAUAUAGUUUAUUAUAAGGUACGCAGAAUUAAUAUGAAAGCACUCAAAAAGUGUAUGAAUUGCAAAAACGCAGCACCACAGGCCUGUAAACACCUGUCAGCAUGCGUACAAAAUCAUGUUCGAAAGAAGUGGCAAAAGUGGGCUAUCGUCUUUAAUGUGACCUUAAACAUAGUGGGCUGAAGAAAGCUCUCCUCUUGUGCUAUAAAAGAAAGGUCGAGAUUAAAAAAAAAAGAAUAAUCGCCUAUUUUGUGCGCCUCAAACAAAUGGGAUAAAUCUAUUUCUGAGCUACUUUAUUAAAUAUCAACCCUCUUGCACCAUGUCCAUAUAAACUUUAAUGAAAAAAGUGCUAACUUAGAUGUAAUAAUUAUGAUUUUGUGAAUCAGCUGUAAAAAAUCCUUAUUAAGAUACCCACGUUUUCUGUGGGUUAAGUUUUUUUCUUUGUUACUUUGUUGUUUUUUUUCCUCUGGGGGGUGGGGGAUGCAAAAGGAUAAGGUCCACUUGUGGGAGCGCCAGGCGUGGAAACAAAAAAAAAAAAAGAUGCGUCAGCGCAGAGCGCGGCAAGGCAAUGCAUCCUCUCUGACGUCAUUACGACCCGUGCCUUAUACACUCCACUCGUUUACGUGUUCUCACGUGGAUGGUCUGUGACCUCGACCGCUGUACGUUUUCAUUUACGAGUGCUGUUAUGUAGGCCGAAAUCUAUUCACACCAGGGCUGCGGAAUCACAUCCCUGGGGUGCGAGGAACACGGGUGGAAAAGUAAGCUGAAGGCUGCUGUUGGAGCAUGAUGAUAGUGGACAGAAACAGAGCUCCAAGCUGGAUCAGGCCCUUCAGAAAGAGGAGGCGCUACUGUUCAAACAGAAACUUUGGAAACUAGAGGGGGGAAAUCGGGGGGCUCUGUGUGAAAGCACCCUGUACCCCCGGUAACUCUAGCAGCAGCCUUGGCCUGGUUGCCUCUCACAGAGUCAGAAUGUCUCUCUGGGACAGAAGAAUGACCCAGGAUGUACUGCCUGUGGCAGCACUGGGUGUGUGGAGGCCAAGUACACUAUAUGCACCAUGAUGUAAAAAAAAUACAGCAACAACAAAAAAGCGUAAUCAGGAGUGGCUGGAUGAGGCUUUUCGUCAGAGUUGAGAUGGAUGCUGUUAUAGGGCCAGGCAGUCAGCCAGCCUAGCGGGCCAGCCGGCCAGUUUCAUGCCGUCAGUCUGAGUGCAAUCCAGUGCAUGUAGAGGUCUCUCAGUGCCGGACUAAGGCAGUUUCUAUCUCUUUAUGGUGCUACAGCCCCUUUAUUGCUCCAUGGGGGCCUCGCAGUUCAAAAUAUGUCACUUUUGCAUUAUUUUUUUCUAAUCCUCUUUUUUUUUCUUCAAAGUUUUUUCUCCUCAUUUUGUUGUCCACAAGGUGUCAGGUUUCUGCCCCCCAGGCUGAGAGGAAGCCGCAGACUUGUGUAGGACAUUUCAUAUUAGUGUGCAAUAUUGUGUGCGUGCCAAUAGUGGCAUUGUAUCACGUGUAUAGACUAUAAAAAAGACGAAAAAUGUAUAGGCUAUGUGAUCAGUAGACAUUCGAAAGCAUGAUGAUAAGGUUGAUGCACCUGCAUUUUAUUUCCAAAAUGUGAAGUCUUUCUUCUCAUGCACUUUCUCAAAAAUGAAAAAAAUCAGACUAGUAGUGAGUUAUUUCCUGUCAUGUUCUGUAAACCAGUAGGCUGCCUCGUUUGUCUCUCAGUAUGCUUAGACUAGGUUGGGUGUUUUACGUCCCCCUACAAGAAAAACCCUUUCCUCCAUCAUUCCUCCACAAACAUCCACAAACAACACAAACAAUAAUGAAUUCUUAACUAUCCCCUAAUCAGCCUCACUGCAGAGGCCCACACCGACAUUACAUAGUAUCAUAGAAGCUCCAGUCUAGUGGUGGCUUAAACACACAUGCACACUGUCUUUCCCCGUUUAGGCCUCCUGUUGCUCUCUGUGCGUUUGGAGGCUGAAUGGUUUUCUGGAGGUGCACAGGGUUCCCUGUCAGUGGAAGUCUAUAAACAGUGAGGAAGCUGAGCUCUCUUGCCCACCGCAGAACAGGUGAACUGCAUUAGACUUUGGCUUACCUGCAGUUCAGCAUGAGUUAAGCAAUCAUGAUUGAACCAAGGACACCUACAAAAAGACAUUUGUCAUAUUGACAUUGAGAAUCACAAUCCUGGUCUCUAAUCCUGUCAGACGCACAGUCUUUUCCUUGUCUGUGACCCUCUCAACCUCUAGGCUCCCUCUGUUGUGAGUUUUAACAAAUAAUGCCCCCAAGUGGCUAUUUCAUCCAUCAGCUAUAUUUAAAGCAGGUUGGCCUACACCACUUAAUGCGACUGAGCUGGUCAAAGGCCAUGUCAGAGUCGCAUGCCAUCAAGGUGGCAUGAUGAGGAAACACAGACUGCAUGGACAGCAGCUUAAGAGACCUCAGCUGGAUAAAAGCUGCUAAUGUUGUUACAGCCUGGGCCUGCAAGACAUACGAGAUAUCUGAGGCUAGGCUACAGUGGAAUGCACUCUUGAGCAAAAUCAGAAUCAGAAGUCUUUUAAAUCCUCGCCUGUAAAUGUCGAUCUGUGUUUGAUUGGGCAUGCCUGGAGUGGCAAGGCCAAGAAAAAAGGUCAAUCUGUUCUACGCAGGACUUUUUGGCUCAGGUUUGUCUCGGUGUUUUGGUGAAAGGCCUUAUGAAGCCUGGCACUGCACUGUGGGGGGGCUUACCAGCAGCAGCCAAGCACGACCUACUGACCCGUCAGUCAGACAGAGCCAGUUAAUACUUUUUUUCUUGACGACAAGGAGGAGAAAUUUCUCUCCCCUCUUGCAGAAAUGACUAUAUCUCUUCAAACUGCCCUACAAACUAUUUAAACACUAUUUCCAUCGAACCUACAUUCAAGCCACCAAUGACUAUGUGCCCGACAAAGCACAUCUGAGGUCGUUCUGAGUUCAUCUAGAGUUCAACAUGAAUCUGGACUUUCUUUGUGAUUCUGCACUUACUCUCCAAAGUGUCCUAGCUUUAGCUUGAUUCAAUUCAGGCCUCUCGGAGGCUCAUGCUACAUGAAGACUGGAAAAACAAUUCUUCCUCUCUCUCUUUCUCUUACGGCCAAAUAUAAGGAGAGCCUAAACCUGCUCAUAGUUCACUUUUUGAAUGCCUCACUCGAUGAAACGCACACAUUUUCUUAACUAUUAAAAGACGUGUCUUGUUUUGUUUAAGACUGUAUUUGGCAGGUGCUACUGGGUCAGUUGUGUUUUUAGUGCAGAAUGAUUGUGUUGUGUAUCAUGACUUGUCAAUUUAGGAAAGUAGCUUUAUCUAAAUUACAGAGGAGGGGUGGGUACUUGUAAUUUUGCUGAAAACAAUGUGAUGGAAUGUGAUUUCUCGACUUUUGAGACCUCACCCAGUGUCACAGCCAAACCUGGAGUGACCUUGCAGCCAUGUUAUAACCACAUUAUAUCAUCAUCCAUUUGUGGGACUCAAAUGCGAAAUGGUUUGAUGAAAAAAGAAGCUUUUUUCCCUGUAUGAAGCGCUAGUGGUCAAGCUCGAUAUGGUUGAAGGUGCACUGAAGCAUAGAUGACAAUUAUGUCUUGAUUUAUUAUACAGCAGUAGCCAUCGUAGCAAUCCCCAAUCAUGAUCUCUGUGAUCACCGCAGGGUCCAUCAUGUCCCAUUUUAUUUGAAAAUGUUACUCUUUUGUUGGUGAAACCAUACAUAGUCAGACCAUUUCUUGCAUUUGAUUGACAGGAAUAAUAAUAAUAAAAAAUCAAAUUGUAGGUGUAACUCUAAAUGCAGCAGUAGUUACUUGUUGCAUGCACUCAUAGUCAGGUUGCUAUGAUGGCUGCGGUUGUAGGUGCUUUGUUUGCUUGUUCCCUGUGUCUUGAAGAGGGGGAUUAUACUUCCUUCUAUGUUUCUGACUGCACUUUAACAGCCACAAGUACAUGACUGAUAACAGCAGAUUUACGCUUAUUAAAUGUGGGUGUGCAAGUAUUGUCUUGAAACAAGUUUAACUUCCAUAAGGUGUUUAAGACAACAAAGUCUGCUCUGCUUUUGGUUACAGUGUUGUAGUCGUUCAUUGGCCAUUCAGAGUUCUUGGUUAAUCACACAGCCAAUUGCAGCCUCUGGUCAAAGCCAAGCACUUUGUGACUCACCACCUACCACCGACAGAGGAGCUCAUUCAGCACGCUUUCUGUUUGCACACACACACACAGACACACACACAGACACACACACACACACACACACACACACACACACACACACACACACAGAGUUGUAGGGUCCAUCAUGUUUGCAGACUGUAUAGGCUACUGUUGUGUUUAGCUGUGAGGAAGUUCUUUCAAAUGAUGUGUGGAGAUGUUGGGAAAUGGAUCAUGGAUUUUAAGGGAUGGGGUCAAUGCACAAUGAACAUAUCCCAUGUCACCAUUCGGUCUAAAUCCCUUUACCAUCCCCAUAUGAGAUAAUAUGUUGUAUCUUUCAAAAAUAUUUUAUCUGUGGUGUGUGUGUAUAUAUAUAAAUAUAUAUAUGGUUUGUUAUAUAUGAUGCUCCUCCUUUCAGAAAAAAUAUAACACGUAAACAGGAAAAACAUAUUGCUGUUUUUUUUCCUUUGUAUUUUAUACUUACAGAAAGCAUUGAAUAAAAUGGAUAAAUACUUGCACUUUAGAUAUAUUAAGAAAAUAAAAAUCUGCAUAUUAUUUUUGAUAGGGAUCUCACAUUCAAAGAGUAUAAAUUACAGGCUUUGUGACUAUUGCUGGACAGAGAUGUAUUGAGUUCUACUUAUUGAAGUAUAUUUUGUCUGUGUGUCAGAAGGUUUACUAAAGUAAAUUGCAUGAUAAAGUAGUGCUACACCGGUAUUGUUCUUUUUUUAGUUGGUAAAAAUGUCUGAAAACUGUGAUAACAACCCUCUUGUAUCAUGUUUAAUCUCUCCUCACCCCUCCUAAAAUAUUUCUUACUGAAAUAUGGCCUUUCCUGACUACAUGACGAUGGUGCUUACUUUGGCUUCGACAUCAAGCUCAUUCUUUACAUCUCAACAUCAUCAUAACUCGCGUCCUUACACUUCAUUACUUUCUGUUAUGUACUCUCACUACCUUAUUAAAUUUCCGUUGAUGGCAAAAAAGCUGUGCUGUUUUGUACAUUGUUGUUUGUUUUAAUGUUUGGGGAGCCUUGUUGUCUGAAAAAUGACUAAUCGCGCAAUAAAAGGUCAUUCCACAUAUUCCUGUCUUUGCACAACUGUCUCAACUCUCCAAUCAAACAGUUUAAUCAGGGAAUGAUUACACUGAUCAAUAUAAGGAGCUUGUAUCAGUGGAUGUUAAAAUUACCCAUGUUUAAUUAAUCCAAAAGUAAAAAUAAUACACACAAAGGUGAAAGCAUGUGAGUCGAUCAGAUUUUAAACAGUCUUCCAGCUAGGGUUAGGGUUAAGGUUGAAAGGUCAAGAGCCAGUUUGUUGCUUCUGUAGUUCAGAAAAUUUUUUCACAGCAAACCAUGACUUGUUGUCAGUCAGGGGAGGAUUUUUAAGUGUAAAAUUAAAUUUGACCAGCUACUGUGGCUCAAAUGUUGUACACGGGAUAUUUGCUUGGAUGUGGGGUUUAAAGAUGAGCAGAUCAGGCAAUUUUUAAAAAUU